AGUUAUUCAAGAAUUACGUGAUUCAUACAAUAAAAAUACAAGUAGUCGACCCAUUCGUAAACGACUUCGUUUAGAUGUUAUAACACGGUGGAAUUCGACAUAUAUAAUGAUAAAAAUAUUUUUAAAAUAUCGUCUUAUAUUAAUUAAAUUAUUUGAAACAAAAUAUCAUUUAGAAAUUACAAAAAAACAACUUGAAAAAUUGACGUCGUAUGAAUUAACAGUUGAUCAUUGGACUGUUGCUGAAAGUUUACUCCGUGUAUUAAAACCAUUUUAUUCUGCAACAAAAUUGAUUAGUGGAUCAAAUUAUCCUACGAUUGGAAUGACAAUCUGUAUGUUACGAAAUGUACAAUCGAGAUUUUUAGAAAAUAAUACUAAUGAUAGUCCUUUAGUACAAAAUAUGAAAAAAUGUUUAUUACAAGCACUGAAAUAUUAUACUGUUUCUGAUACAAAUCAACAUAAGUUAUUAAUUGUAAGCUUUUAUUUAUCUGCGUUCAGGGGAUUUAUUUUAGGUUUAGAGCUAUUGCAUUAUAUAUCAAUAUUUUGA